UGGACCAUUUUACUUGUAGUGGAUCUUCAGGGUUUUUUCAUUAAAGGCUUCAUUUUUAUUGUAAUUUAACGACUCGGUUUUUGAAUCUGUUCAGUCAGAAUGUCGCCGACUAAGAAACAAAGAAACUUUGUGAGUGAACUAAUAGGAGACAAACCGGUGACGGCACUGCCAGGAGUUAGACCAGAUCUGGGGAAGAAGCUGCAGCAGAAGGGAUACGAAAGGGCCGACAAGCUUCUCGGUCGGUUCCUGGUCAUGAGGAGAGACACUGAGGCGUUCUCUGAUUGGCUGAGACGUACGAGUGGUGCCAAACCUCACCUGGCCACAUCCUGCAUUAAUGCACUCCAGGAAUAUUGUGACAACAACCUCUGAGGUCCCGCCCCCUUAUUGGAAGCCACUCCCCUUAUACACAGUCCAGUUGAAGGAACGGGCGGUGCCUUAACUCUAGUCACGCCCCCUUUCCUGUGAUGUCAUAGUCAGCUGACGGGUGUUUGUUUACAUGUUUACAUCCUUUCCGAUGUUUACGUCAAUAAAAGCUUCGUUUCUGCUGUUUGA